UCUCUCUCUCUCUUCCUCUCUCUGUUGCUAAAACAUUUAGAUCGCGCUUAGCUGGUUCGUGCACCUGAUUUGCUGCUGUUAUUUGUUUUUCUUCCCAGAAUUGAGGUCGUUAAAAAACUAAUCUUUUUUGGUGGGUGGAGACUCUUCUUUAUCAAUUCAACACAGUUUCUCUGAUUCUCAGAUCUCAAGAGUUUUUUUAACAACAAUGAACAAAAAUCCACGAAUCGAUUUUUCUUCACCGUCGUCGUUAGCCACCAUCUCCGACUCUGCAGACGGUGAGCUGAAUGAAGACGACAUCUUUGCAAUCGACAUAUCUCACGCGCCGCCUCGUCAUUCUCCGGUAUCAUCUCCGGCGAAGCAACAAACUCCUGCUCGCCAGCUUCAGAGGAGCAAAAGCGGUUUGAAGAACGUGGAAGCUUCUGGUAUCCUCGCGGCUCUUCCUGAAUCCUCUGGAAAUAGUAGUUACUUAAGUCAUGUCUUUCACCACAAACCUGCGGCUGCUCUCUCCACUUCUGUCUCCUCUACAGCUUCUUCAUCGUCUUCUUCUGGUGGUGGUGCAUCAGCUGCUUCUUCGUCUUCCGCUCGAGCUAUCCCAACCGCGCCUAAACCGCCUCAAGAAAGGCUUCCGUUUUCAGCUUCUUUUAUAGGUGGUGGGAAGUAUCCUCAGUCAGCUCCGGUUCAAGUGCCGUUAGUAUCGUCUACGAUGAUGAAUCGUCAUAAGAAGGAAUUCAAGCUGACUGAUGUGGUGGAUGAUGAUGAGGAGGAAGAAGAGGAAGGCGAAAUGCUUCCUCCUCACGAGAUUGUAGCUCGGUCUUUGGCUCAGUCGUCGUUGUUAUCUUGCUCAGUGCUUGAAGGAGCAGGAAGGACACUUAAAGGGAGAGAUCUCCGGCAGGUAAGGAAUGCUGUUUUCAGAAGAACCGGUUUCAUAGAUUGAGUGUGUUUAUUUCUCUUCUUCAGAAAGACCAUUCUUUAAUUUGUUAUCCCAAUUGAUGAACUUCUUUAUCCCUUGCCACAGAAACUUGUCAAUGUGUAUGUUCAUAUGUUGUCUCCAUUAGACGAUUUGUUUACUUCAUAUCAAAGAGAUUGAUGUGAUUGCACAUGUUUAUAAUUGCUUCAUGCUUCACAUGUUGGUGAGAUAGAGCUUUAGA